AUGGCGGAUAACUACACGGAAGUUACAACGCCCAAGGCGACGACCGCCUUCGACGAGGCCAACAAGGCCGCUGCACGUCUGAUCAAGCCCAAGGCCAUCCUGUACACAAGCGCGCUCCUGUCUUGGUUGCAGCCGUUCCAGAGCGGUUGGUCGACGUCUCAGACCAACCUGUCGCAGUACAACGACACGGACGAGUGCAAUGCGCGUCCUGUGGCGGAGGACAUGUGCCUUAUGUUCUCUGGCCACUCGAAGCUGGAGUGGACGUUCGCCGUGAACGCCUGGAUCUUCGGCGCCAUGGUCGGCUCGCUGUGCUGCGGCCACUUCAGCGACCGUCUCGGCCGUAAGAAAACAUUGAUGCUGAAUUGUAUCUUCAUGUUUGUGGGCGGUGUGGUUGAAGCGUCCGUGUCGAACAUCUGGGCGUUCGCCGUGGGAAGGCUCAUCGCCGGUAUAGCCUCCGGCACGGCCACGGGAACUAUCGGUGCGUACGUGAACGAGCUGUCGCCGCCGCACAUGCGCAACACUUUGGGUCUGGGUCUGCAGAUCUUCACCACGAUCGGUAUCUUGUUCCCGGCGAUCUGCUUCUUCUUCGCCAACACGAGCUCUGGCUGGCGCUACCUGGCUGCCUUCCCGUGCAUCCUGGCUGUGAUCUACAUGGUGUUGGCGCCAACCAUGUGCAUUGAGAGUCCGGCGUGGCUGCUAACUAAGGGCCGAACGGAGGAGGCCAAGGAAGUGAUCGCUCGUCUAUAUGGCGAGGAGCACGUGCAGACGGCCAUGUCGUGGUUGCAGACGAGCAAGAAGGUGGACACGGCGGAGGAGGGUCUGUCUACGCCGAAGCAGGAGUCCAUGUUCGCUCCUCGCUACCGGAUGCAGCUUCUGGGUGGCAUCCUGUUGUCGUGUGCUCAGCAGCUUUCGGGUAUCAACGCUGUGUUCUACUACUCCGGCAGCAUCUUCUCGGAUGCCGGCAUUUCGGACUCGCGUGUCGGCACGCUGAUCAUUGACUUCAUCAACAUCUUCCCGGCCUUCUUCACGGGCGUGCUGGCCAACCGUUUCGGCGCUCGGAACAUGAUUCUGUGGGGUCUGGCCGGCAUGUUCGUCAUGUCUGUGCUGAUGACGGUGGCCUUCGUCGUGGACGUGUCUGCUCUGUCGAUUGUGUUCACUGCUCUGUACGUGAUCGCGUUCGGCGUCACGUUGGGUCCUCUCGUGUGGGUCAUGACGGCCGAUAUCUUCCCCGACGCCAUCCGUGCCAGCGCUUCAUCGCUCUGCAUCGGCAUGAACUGGUUGUGCAACCUCAUCGUGGGAGUAUCAUAUCCGUACAUUUCGGACGCUCUGGACGACUACGCGUACGUUCCGUUCGUGGUGCUUCUUGCAAUCUUCUUCCUGUUGGCUCUGAAGUUGGUGCCGGAGACGUCGGGCAAGUCCGCAGAGGAGAUCCUGGCUGAGUACGACUCGCGUCGCGAGAAGUAA